AUGGUUGCACCAACUGCUUUGAAGAAGUCUGAAGCACCAACAGCUCCUGUUGAAAGUUCCAGGAUUGUUGGUGUUGAUAACACUGCACAAAUUGAUGAUGACGAUGACGAUGUGCUUGUCGGACAAGAUACAGAAAUGAAGGAUCAAGAUCAAGAGCAAGAACAGGAAUCUCCUAAGCAACAGGAGUCUAAAGGUGUGGUUUUAGAUGAUCAAGGGAAACCAAGAUUCGGUUCUGCUAAGAAGUCAUCUGGUGAAAGAGUUAAGAUAGAGAGUAGAAAAGUCGGUGUCCCUCCUCAUAGAAUGACACCGCUCAGAAACAACUGGACCAAAAUAUAUCCACCAUUGGUAGAACAUUUGAAACUACAAGUGAGAAUGAAUCUCAAAACGAAAAGUGUGGAAUUGAGAUCCCAUCCUCGUCAAACGACGGACCCCGGUGCUCUACAGAAAGGGGCCGAUUUUAUCAAGGCUUUUACACUAGGGUUUGAUCUUGAUGAUUCCAUUGCUCUACUUAGAUUGGACGACCUUUACAUUGAGACUUUCGAGGUCAAGGAUGUCAAGACUUUGAACGGUGACCAUUUGUCAAGAGCCAUUGGUCGUAUUGCAGGUAAAGAUGGUAAGACCAAAUUUGCCAUUGAAAAUGCUACCAGAACGAGAAUUGUACUUGCCGAUGCCAAAAUCCACAUCUUGGGUGGGUUUACACAUAUUAGAAUGGCACGAGAGGCAGUUGUAAGUCUAAUUCUCGGUUCUCCUCCAGGUAAGGUCUACGGUAACCUACGUACAGUUGCCUCUAGGCUAAAAGAGAGGUACUAG